UAUGGCGCUGACAUCGCGCCUUGGUACAAUGAGAGCACGCCUGGGUGGUACUACGGUGACUAUCCUGAAUACGUGCCAAGUAACCUCACGGUACCUUGGCUCAAGGAUGGUAGGGUCUGCUGGUACCUUGAUCUAACGCAUUCUGGCUACUGGUGCCCCGACCCCGAAUCGACCCCUACCACUGAUGACGGCUACACAGUGGCGUUUUCCAACUAUACCGGGGCCAUCGAAGGAAGCGACUACUUGACCUACGGAUUGGUCGACACGGUUCAGGACUGCAAAGAGAUGUGCAACAGCGUCGACAGAUGUGUUUACAUUAAUUCCUACCACGACGUCAAUGGAAAGGGCGGCAGUCCCCUCUUGACUUGCUCGUUGUUCAGCAAAUGCCAUACCACUGCUGAUGCCACCAACAAGGGUGGACAGACGCAGCCUGACGGCUCCAUUGACUACAUCACCGACAGUGAAGGAUACUGCAAG